AUGACGCGCAGAAGCUGCCGUGCUGUUGUUCCUCGUCCGUCCAGAGAGCGUAAACACACGAGCCAUGUCAAGGCUGAUACACCACCAACUGAAAUGAAACGAUGCCUGGUGAAAUUGAAGAAAAUGGUACCAACAAUCGAACGCAAUAAAAAAGUUAACCAGUUGGAAUUACUACAGCAUGUAAUUGAUUAUAUACAAGACUUGGAGAAAACUCUUCAAUACCCCGAGGAUAUACUGACCUCUGUGAAUGUUCCAAGGUGUUCAAGUCCAUCAGAAAAUCAACCACUUGUCCACCUGUGACGAGACCAUGUUAUGUUAACGAAGAAAAUGAAGUGAGGAAAGGCGUAUAUCUCGUGAAAGAACGCAGUGAUAUGUACAGACAAACUUGAGCAAAAUUUUCCUUGAUUUUUAUUAUAUCUGCGUAUGUACAUAUGCAUACGACAUUCGUUUUUUUUUAAAUUGAAUUGUACAGUAUAUUUGACAUUUCCCAUAAUAAAGAUCCAUUUAAUUUAAAUACUUGUUCCCUUUCUGCUUGACACCACGAUAGAGUUAGCACUUGAUAGUUUUGGCAAUUACAAAAUAACAUUUAGAGAAACCUUGUAAUUAUGCAGUUUCCAGGUCCUCCCGCGU